CCGAGGUAGAACAAUUUCUUCCAGAAGAAGAUUCUGGAACGUUCUGGGCUCGGGCAGUCGACGUACUUCCCCGAGGCGGUGCUGAGGGUGCCCCCGAACCCGUGCAUGGCGGAGGCGAGGAAGGAGGCGGAGAUGGUGAUGUUCGGGGCGAUCGACGAUCUCUUGGCGAAGGCCAACGUGAAGCCCAAGGAUAUCGGGGUGCUCGUGGUGAACUGCAGCUUGUUCAAUCCGACGCCGUCGCUGUCUGCUAUGGUCGUCAAUCGGUACAAGUUGAGGGGGAACAUCGCCAGCUACAAUCUUGGAGGCAUGGGAUGCAGUGCUGGGCUCAUCUCCAUAGAUCUCGCCAAGCAACUGCUUCAGGUUCACCGCAACUCCUACGCAUUGGUAGUAAGCAUGGAGAACAUAACCCUGAACUGGUAAUACGGGCCAAGCAACCGCUGCCAUCUAGUCUCCAACUGCCUCUUUCGCAUGGCGGUGCGCCAUCCUCCUCACACCGCCGUUCAGACCGCCGCCGCUCGAAUAUCCAGCUCCUUCCACACCGUCCGGACCCACAAGGGCUCUGAGGACCGCUCCUACUCCUGCGUCUUCCAAGUAAGAGACCAAGCCGGAAAAUCGGCGUUCCUCUCGCAAAGCCUAAUGGCUGUUGCCGGAGAGUCCCUUAAAGCCAAUAUUACCACCCUCGGCCCUCUCGUCCUCCCGCUGUCGGAGCAGUUCCUGUUCUUCUUGACGCUAGUCGGACGAAAGAUAUUCAAGAUUAAAAUGAAACCUUACAUCCCGGACUUCAAGCUUGCGUUCGAACACUUCUGCAUCCACGCAGGUGGAAGAGCAGUGUUGGAUGAGCUGGAGAAGAACCUGGAACUUAGUGAGUGGCAUAUGGAGCCAUCAAGGAUGACCUUAUAUAGGUUUGGGAACACGUCGAGCAGCUCGCUGUGGUACGAGCUAGCGUACACGGAGGCGAAGGGGAGGAUGAGGAGAGGGAACCGGGCUUGGCAGAUUGCCUUUGGAUCUGGUUUUAAGUGUAACAGCGCUGUGUGGAGAGCGUUGAGGACGAUUAGACCGGAGAAGGAGAAGAACCCUUGGAGCGAUGAGAUCCACGGGUUUCCCGUUCAUGUUCCCAGGGUCGAUACCAUUGCGGGGUGAGAAGAGUGUGGUUUAGGUUUAUUGUGUGUUGUGAAGCUAAUAUAUAUAUGUACGUACAAGUAGACAGAAAGAGAGAGCGAAAUAUGUGAAUUUGAUUUAUUUGGAUGAAAUUAUCAUUAGUGUAGCAUUUUGUUUACAUUUUUUUGAAUUUUUUUUGUCGAUGUAAGGUACAUUAUGUUUCUUUGUACUGGAGAAAUUGUUCUAAUAAUUAAGUUAUUGUGUA